AUGACAUAUUCUAUGGUGGUCUUCAAGCUGACAAGUGUAGGGCGCAAGAUCGGCUGUGAUAGGGCAACUCCGAGUUGUAAUAACUGCAUUCGGACGCAAAGAAAGUGUCUUGGGUAUGGCCUUCAACUUCUCUGGCCAGAUCGUCAUGAUGGACGGCGGAGAAAACGUGACCCUGCUGAGCAUCGGCCCCCAGCAACACCAUCAGGAUCGGUUUACUAUGGCAAAUACUUCUUGAACACAUCCAUGUCAGAUAUUGAUAUUGCUUUCACAAAUAGUGGUGGCCAUAUGCUUGUGGACCUCUUCCGACAACGACCUCGACGCAGUCUCACACUUCACGGCCCCUUGCUCGAUCGUGCAGGCAUGCUCCUCGGUUAUUAUCAAAACAUUAUAUCCCCAAUGAUCUCUACAACUCAAGCUCAAAAUGGCUUUUGUUCGACAUUACUACCCAUGGCUUUAUCAAGCCAAGACAAUUCAGCUCUUGCGUUGCUCAAUGCAAUGAUAGCCGUAGCAAUGAUCCACUACUCAAACUCGAUAGCUGAUGCAAUGUCGUUCAAACUGAAAGCCGUCCGGAACUUGUCAAUAUCUCUCGCAAGUAGUACGAGGUCAAAAUGUGCAUCGACCAAUCAAGUCCAGCUUGCAGCAGUAAUGAUGCUUUGUGUUUAUGAUGUCUUUGAUAGAGAAGAGCACAAUUGGCACAUUCAUUUGAACGGAGCGAAGGAGAUAAUAAGGCGACAGUGCACAGAUACCCCUGGCUCAAGCUCGGAUUUCCUGCUUACCUGGUGGCUAUAUCAUGAUGUAUUGGCUGCUUUCAACUAUCCGUCAUGGCGACUUAACGAAAGCCCUGGCUCCGUGUCAACAUCCGCUCUUUGCGCUUUCAGUGGUGACAAGUUUCUCAUCGUGGGGUCUUUGGGAUGUUCUGUGGAGGUCCUUGAGAUCAUUGAUGAGAUCAACAUGAUGCGACUACACUCGGCACAAGAUUGUCUGAGCACCUCAACGCUGCAAAGGUGCGAUUUGGCAAUGAAGCUUUACAACCUGCGACAGUUGGUUGCGCCCAUCGAGUGCUCUGAUAGUUUAAGAUCACAUCGCAUUUUGGCUAUCGCUGAGUUGUAUCGUCUAGCGGCACUGCUCUAUCUCCAACGCGUUCAUUCCAUCGCGGAGGAUGAUUUCACGCGGCCGGCUUACGUACAACAAGCCCUGGGAAUUUUGAAAAGCCUAGAUGUUGCAACCAGUCCAUGGCCAGUGUUUAUCAUCGCGUGUGAAGUCGAUGAGCAAGAUCGAGUCAGCAUUCUGCAUACCCUUGACAGAAUGGACAGCGUGAGGAGCAUUGGCAACAUCAAAGUUCUACGAGAUAUUAUCAAGGGUAUCUGGAAACAGCAGGAUCUCCGGAGUAUAGGGAAAGCUUGCCAGCGUGUCGAUUGGUUGCAGUUUGUUGAGGGCGAUGUUCCGGUCCCGUGGUUUAUCUAG